AUGCUGUUGGAGGAGCAGCGAUACAUUGCCGAGGACCUCGAGCGCCUCGAGCAAGGCGUCGCAGAUCGCAUUGGCGAGGAGCCCAAGGUGAUCCGCGAUCGCCUCAACCGAGACCAUGAGGUAUCUCAGCUCCUUGACCAGAUACAAAAGCAAUCCGAAGAGAUGUUGUCUUUGUAUCGCGAUGCUAAUGGCCUCCGAUCCAAAGAGGUCCUGCAGAUUGGCAGCGGUGACCCUUUCGAAGAGUUCUACAAGCAGGUGAACGAAGUGAGGGAGCAUCACGCGCGAUAUCCCAACGAGCAGGCUGAAAAUUCCGAGAUCCGCUACCGGCAGCGCAAAACGGGCGACGAGCCUGUCCCCUCCCUUGUCGAUGCCAUGUUCUCUGGCGAGGAGGCCUACGGACGUUACUUCGACCUACACGCGUGCCACGAGGCAUACAUCAACUUGCCCAACGUCAAGCGUCUCGGAUACCUGCAGUACCUUCAAAUAUUCGACAACUUCGCCCCGGGCCACGGCGGCGUCAAGAGAGCGGACAAAUUGACAGACCAAUACUUCAAGUACGUUGGCGAGGUGGCAGAGUACCUGGAAAGUUUCAUGCGCCGUACACGGCCGUUGGAGAACGUCAGCAAGGUUCUCGAGUCGUUCGAUAAGGAGUUUGAAGAGGCGUGGGAGAAAGAUGAGGUCGAGGGCUGGGUGAAUGAGUCGGCUGCCGCUACUGUGGCAGCAAAAGAGUUGAGCACUGCUGACGCUGUAUGGUGCGAUGCUUGCGAGAAGGAGUUCAAGAACGAGAAUGUCUACAAGGGACACUUGAACGGGCGAAAGCACAUCAAAGCAGCGCAAGCCCUGGCGCAGAGACAGGAAGGCGCCGCAGAUGCCGCAGUUGCUUCUGGAAGAUUCUCUGCGACAAGAAUGAAGGAGCGCGCGGUGGCCGAGCGGGAGUUCAGAGUGAAGCGCCUCGCCAGCGCAAUGAGCACAGAGCGAGAAGACACCCGGGUCAAUGUGGAGCGGCGGCAAGGAAUGACGGAGAGGGAACGGCAACAGGAGCUCGACAACCUGUUCAGCAUGGCAGAGCAACCACCACAGGUCGCCGAGUCAAAUGACCCUGAAGGAGAGGACGGCGAGGAGAAGAUCUACAACCCUCUGAAGCUGCCGCUCGCCUGGGACGGCAAACCCAUUCCGUUUUGGCUUUACCGUCUACACGGCCUGGGUGUGGAAUUUCCAUGCGAGAUCUGUGGAAACUUCGUCUACAUGGGCCGCCGAGCCUUCGAGAAGCAUUUCAACGAAGCACGGCAUAUUUAUGGCCUGAAGCGGCUCGGCAUCAACGACACCCACCUUUUCCGAGACAUCACGGGCAUCGAGGAAGCGCUGAAGCUCUGGGACAAGAGGCAGCGUGACAAGAAGGCGAACAAGAUCGAGGACGGCAGCAUUGUUCAGAUGGAAGAUGCUGAAGGCAACGUCAUGCCUGAGAAGGUGUACUAUGACUUGCAGAAGCAAGGUCUGCUGUGA